GCAUGGGAUUGCAUCUUAGCGGACAAUAUGGCCGCGCUCUGGACGCUCCACGCCAGUCGCAAUCACCCAAGGUUCUCCUGCGUUGAUAAGUGGUUAACUGAAGUGGACCAAAGAAUGGUGAAACAAGAAGAUUCGGGUUCGGUGGUUCCGCGCAUCCAGCUCCUCGCGUUGAUAAUUUGUAUUCCAAGCCGAAUUCAGCUCUCUGUGCAUAUCGCGCUUUAGAUAAAUCGGAUGUGGUGUGCCAUUGCUUUGGCGAUUAAGUGAUUCACUGUACUUUUCCUCUCUUGCUGAUUCACGAGUGUUCUCGGAUCUCGCGGGGAUAUUAUAUAUCUCUGAGGCCUCUUACGACAGUGAUUGCCAGGGAUGAAUUCUCUACAUCUCUGUUCAUGUUGAGAACAACUGGUGGUCGCAUUGUUCGACGUGUUUGAUUGCCCGAAUAUCAGGUUUCCGCCGGUUAUUAUAUACGCUUGAAUUUUCGCGUAAUUGUUUGCUCGUUGUAGUACAAUAUUUACAUCUUUUCUUGAGAUAAUUGCCUAGUGAAGUGGGUAGAUGUUGCUAUUGACGAAAGUUUUCUUCAGCUAUUCAGGUUGUUGAGUUGCCGAAAAUUUAUGACCCGAGUUCGUGUGAAUACUGACAAAAUCCUUCAAUAGUUGGUGAGUAUAUCGUUUCUUAUUGAUUCGGAGGACUCGUCUCCUGCGUUUUUCCAGUCUGCAUGCAUGAAAAUAUUAAUCAUUUGUUAGUCGCAACGUCGCGUAAGCAAGGUGGUACGUUGAAAUGUUGAAGCGACUCUUGCCGUGUUGUGUAGGUGUUGCAUUGCGCUAAUUAUUUUCCUGGUUUUGUACAGCUAUGAUGUGACCGCGUAUUAUGUAUUCCCAGAGACCAGAAUCUCGUUCGUCACCCAAUUAUUCCAGCAUGGACGAAGCAAAUGAGAAGAAAGGCAAUGAUUUCAUUCAAGAAGCUCGGAAGAAAUUGAAUUCGAAGGGCUUCCUCGGUGGCCUUUUCGGAUCGAGUUCGAAGGUUGAUGAAGCCGUGGAGCUGCUCGGACGAGCUGCGAAUUGCUUCAAGAUGGCUAAGAAGUGGAGCGCAGCGGGAAGUGCUUUUUUGGAGGCCGCGAAACUUCAUUUGGACAACGGUUCCCGGCACGAUGCUGCGACCAUGUUUGUUGAUGCGGCUACGUGCUACAAGAAAUCUGAGCCAAACGAGGCUGUCAACUGCUUGCUUAAAGCCAUCGAAAUAUACACGGACAUGGGAAGAUUCACGAGUGCUGCGCGACACCACAUCAGUAUUGCAGAGAUAUACGAAACUGAUCUUUGUGACUUGGAAAAGGCUAUGCAGCAUUACGAACAAGCUGCGGAUUAUUACAAAGGAGAGGAGAGCACUAGCAGCGCGAACAAAGCUAUGCUCAAAGUCGCACAGUAUGCAGCCCAAAUGGACAAGUUCGAGAAAGCGAUUUCGAUUUACGAGAAUGAUUCUCGUGAGAACAAACUGAUCAAGACGCUCAUUGAGAACAUGGAAGAAAACAACGUAGAGGGGUUUAGUGAAGCUAUUAAAGAGUACGACACUAUUUCACGCUUGGAUCCGUGGUACACCAAUAUGCUAUUGAAGGUGAAGAAGGGUAUGAGCGAGUCCGAGUUAUGCUGA